UGUUUUUUAUGUUUCCUAUUUCGGAUGUUUUGUGGGACUUUUUUCUAUAGUUAACUGAUUAGCCAUGCUUAUACAUUUAUAAAAUAAAUAAUUAUUAAUAAAUAUUUAAUAUGGACUUUGCUCGUAAACAAUUGGAAAAAUAUGGCUGGACGGAUGGUAAAGGCUUGGGGAAGAACGAAGAUGGCAUAUCAACUGCAUUAAAACCAAAAUUAAAAUUUGACAACUCUGGUAUUGGCCAUAAUAUUGGGGAACAUUUUACGAACAAUUGGUGGGAAAAAGUAUUUAACAGUGCAGCAGAGAAUAUAGAGAUUGAUACUGGUGAUGAAAAUCAAAUCAAGAUGAGAGUGAAAUCUGCAGAUUCUGUAGAAAUUACAACAAAGAGUUACUCGGUAAAGCAGUUAAAAAAGAAUAAGAGCCUAGAAUAUGGGCCUUUCCUUAAGACUGAAAAGUUAACUGAAAGUGGCAUUCAGAGUUAUAAAAUAGAACCUUUCGAAGAACCAGAGUCUCUGAAAACUUUCAGUUCUCUUACCGAUGAGGAAUUAUUUGCAGCAUGUGGAGGAAGAACUGCUCACAAAGGCGCUAGACAUGGCUUAAAACUUGGCGGAAAAUUAUCUAGAAUAGAAAAACAGGAAAAAAUAUUGCUGAAGAAAAUGAAAAAGGUGUCUUUGUCCGAUGAUAAAGAUAAAAAUGUAGUAGAGAAGAAACUAAAAAAACUUAAAAAACAAAAAGAAGAUAACAGAGAAAAAUACACUCCUAUUAUUGAGGACAGUAUGGAAAGUACAUCCUCUAAUCAUCUGAAGAAAAAGUCUAACAAAAAACGAAAAAGUGUUUCAUUUAAUGAAACAGUUACAAAAAUUUACACUGUAGAUCUCGAUACUAGUUUUGAUAGCGAAAUAGGAUCCCUGAAGGAUGAAAACAGUAAUGAACCUACUAUGGAAAAUGCAGCAAGUGGAUCUGAUGAAGGUAUUGAACAGGACAUUGAAAAUAAUAAUAAUGAUAUGCAAGACAAUCACAAAAGUUUUGAAGAAGCCCAAUUCAAUAUAAAUGACCUCUCAAAAGCGGAACGUAAGAAAUUGAAAAAGAAGAGAAAGCUUGAAGCCAAAAGGAACACUUCCACAGGAAUAUUUUUACAGAAGCUUAAAGAUGACAAUGAUGAAGAUGAAUCAAUGGGUGACUUUGAUAACAAAGAUGUGAAUUUAAAAAAGAGGAAGUUCGUAGAUGAAUGGUCACAUGGAGAUUUCAAAACAGGACACUCUAAAACUGAAUCCCCAGAUAGAAAUAAGAGUAAGAAAAGUAAAAAGAAAAGAAAGAAACAACUGAAAAUGGAAGAGAAACAGAUAAACUCCAUCGUGAAAUCACUUGAUAAUUUUUGCCGUAUAUCUGAGAGUGAGUGAUGACGCCUAUGACAAGUUGUAGAGUACAUUUUUUGGGUACUUGAACCAUUUAUUAGGAUUUUUGUUUGUUAAUGCGUAGUUGCGUAAGGCAUAUAACCGUUUUUUAAUGGUACCUUUAACUGAAUUAUUUAGUAUGUAAUAGAAUUACAGAUUUAUUUAUUUUACUUGAUAAUAUGAAUGUAACUUCAUUUAGUGUUGAAUAUUUUGUAACAAUAGUUCAAUUUUACCACCACAAAAGUAGUAGUUUCAUUUUGUUACAAAAAUAAUUGUUACUUUUAAUAUUUGGCGUGUUAUAUUAUUUGUGUAAAUAUGCAAAUAUUUUUUU